UGCUGCUGCUGUGCUCAUGGCUCAGAGGAGGGCUGCUGCUGCUGCUGGCGGCUGCUGCUGCCCGAGGGCGCCCGUGAAUGAAGACAACGCCCGUUUCUGCCUGCUGGCCGGGCUCAUCCUGCUCUACUUGCUGUGCGGAGCGGCCAUCUUCUCAACCCUGGAGCAUCCCUUUGAGCUGCGUGCCCGCCGCCUCUGGAAACAGCAGCUGGGCAACUUCACCCAGAGGUACAGGGUCAACCUGGGCGCCCUCCACACUCUGCUGCGGCAGUACGAGGAGGCGAACGGAGCUGGGAUCCGAGUGGACACGUUGAGGCCCCGCUGGGACUUUUCUGGAGCGUUCUACUUUGUAGGCACCGUUGUCUCCACUAUUGGCUUUGGCAUGACCACACCAGCGACCAUACCUGGAAAAAUAUUCUUGAUCUUCUACGGUCUCAUUGGCUGUGCUGCAACCAUCCUCUUUUUUAACCUCUUCCUGGAGAGGAUCAUCACGAUGUUAGCUUACAUCAUGCGCUGGUGUCACGAGCGCCGACUGAAGUGUGGUGGUGUCGGGGUGAUGUCGAGCAGGGAGGAGACGUCAGGUGAGGAGGACAGCCUGGAGGGCUGGAAACCAUCAGUCUACUAUGUUAUGCUGAUCCUGGGAAUAGCAUCAAUUGUGAUUGCAUGCAGUGCUUCCACCUUGUAUUGUUCCAUGGAGAACUGGAGCUACAUGGACUCCCUUUACUUCUGCUUCGUGGCCUUCAGCACCAUCGGCUUCGGGGACAUGGUGAGCAGCCAGAGACAGCAGUAUGAGUCUCAGGAAGCCUACCGCCUGGGGAACUGCCUUUUCAUCCUAAUGGGAGUAUGUUGUAUCUACUCACUUUUCAAUGUCAUUUCUAUUGUCAUCAAGCAAACUCUCAAUUGGAUUCUGGGUAAAAUGGCAUGCUGUGGGCAGCAUCAGCGUAAAAACUUGAAACGUAACACUGUGCAGCCCAUCUCAUCCCACUGUCCUGCAGGAAAACACAGAUACACGGAUGGCUCGGAGGAGACGGUGUGUGACAGUGAGACGGAUGCAGGCGCAGUGGCUGACGGGGUGUAUGUCGGGCGUCGUCUGUCAGGAGAGAUGAUCUCAGUCAACGAGUUCAUGGUGUCUAAUAAGGUGUCUCUGGCUCUGCUGCAGAAGCAGCUGAGUGAAACGGCUCACCAGGGCCCGCGGCAGAGCUCCAGCCAUCAGAAUGGAUUCUCGGGUGGUGUGGGGGCCUUGGCCAUCAUGAAUAAUCGCCUCCAAGAAACCAGUGUGGAUAGGUAGCACUGUAUAACACACUGGGGUCCUAUUCCAUACUAUUUACUUACUGAUCGAUUUCAAGAAAGUCAAUAAUUGCUCUCUCGGUGUGACAAAACCAAAUUCUGAGAGUAGAAUAAUUCUCCUUCAAUUUGCGUCUGUCUGAAGCUUAUGCAGAUAAUAGCAGAUUCUUCAUUCGGAACAGCUAAUAAUCAUUUGCAUUUUGUUUUGUGAUGAGAACGACGGCAAGGCGACAUCUACAAUUCAAAGAAUUCACCAUCACUGUGAAGAGGGGUCUGAUGUCCUGAAGUGAUUGGCUCAUACAGAAGCAAUCAGACGAAAGAAGCAGUGAAGGACCACUUACAGGAGACUGCUGAUUUAAGAGUGCUGCCCUGUCUCCUGUGCUCCUCAACAAACACGACUGUAUGUGAGGUAGUACUCAACAUACAGACUUAAACACAUCUGCAAUAUCCUCUUAGAUAACAGACAGCUGCAUGUGUAAAUCAUUCAGAAUUUUGAUUAGCGUUUAAAAGGAGCUUCUUCAAACAAGGAGCACAGAGGUAGACAUUUUAAUUUGUUGAUUGCACACAAGUCGCCCAUCUUGUUUCAUCAGUGCAUGUCAUUGAAAUUCAUUGUAAUCACGACACGACACGCUGAGAUCCAGAGUUGUCAU